UNAACUACAUAUCAACCAAGUACAACCUCUACGGGAAGGACAUGAAGGAGAGAGCCCUAAUCGAUAUGUACGUGGAAGGAAUGUUCGAUCUGAAUGAGUUACUCAUGAAAUAUGGCUACCUACCACCAGGCAAAAGGGACGAAAAUUUUGCAAAUAUGAUGGACAAGGCUGAAAACAGAUACUUCCCAGUCUUUGAGAAGGUUUUGAAAGACCAUGGAAACGACUUUCUGGUUGGCAACCAGCUGAGCAGGGCAGAUGUUCAAUUACUUGAAAUCAUUUUAAUGGCAGAGGAGUGCAAACCUGAUAUACUUGCCAAAUUUCCUCUCUUGCAGAGUUUCAAAGCAAGAAUAAGCAAUAUCCCCACAAUAAAGAAAUUCCUGCAGCCUGGCAGCCAGAGGAAACCGCUAAUAACUGAGGAAGAGUUACCAAAAGUGAUCAAAAUUUUCUACUGAGUGUAAAGCUGUAGAAACUAUUCCAUUGUGCUGCUGACAUUGGGAAAAUAAUGAAAACACUGGAAAACAAGUUUUGAUCCAACCAGCAAAGACAAUAGUUCACUAA